UAUGGCGUCCCCUGGCCUGACCCCAAGGGGGGAAUCAUCUCGCUGACCUGCCUGCCUGCCUGCACCUGAAACUCCUCUGUUGGGAGACCCAUCUCCACUCCUCGCCCCCCCCCAGAGGGGGAGGAGAAAGGAGAGCAUGUUCUCCACGCGGGACCUCUGAGAAGACAUCCAGAAGUGGUCCACCCUGUCGUCAAGACAACGGCUCGCCGCUCUUCGGGAUGUUCUCCAUGGAAAGACCCCCGGCUGCGUUGCCCUCCCUGCCACACAGGGGGCUAGGAAUGUUCGUUUGGACAAAUGUGGAGCCACGGUCUGUGGCUGUGUUCCCGUGGCACUCCCUGGUCCCCUUUCUGGCUCCCAGCCAACCGGAUUCCUCCGUGCAGCCCAGCGAAGGCCAGCAGCCUGUCAGUCACCCCUCCACGUCCAAUCAGAACAAAGAGCCUCCAGAAUCGGCCGCAGUGGCUCAUGAGCUUCCCGGUGCGUCCUCGGGGGCUGAGAUGGGAAGGCCAAACACCUUGCACCCCGACAGCCCGGCCCCAGCUCCCCAACCAUUGACAGUGACACCGGGAGGGGGUAGUGGGCCCUCACAGCACGACGAUGACGUCCCCGGGCACCCACGUCUGGACAGCGAGACGGAGAGCGACCACGAUGACGCGUUCCUGUCUGUCGUAUCUCCUGAAGUCCAACUCCCUCUGCCGCCUGGGAAGCGUCGUACCCAGUCGUUAAGCGCCCUGCCCAAGGAGCGGGAUUCCUCCUCCGAGAAGGACGGGCGCAGUCCUAAUAAGCAGAGAGAGAAGGACCAUAUCCGGCGGCCCAUGAAUGCUUUCAUGAUCUUCAGCAAGAGGCAUCGGGCUCUGGUGCAUCAGCGGCAUCCGAACCAGGACAAUCGGACGGUCAGCAAGAUCUUGGGAGAGUGGUGGUACGCGCUGGGGCCCAAGGAGAAGCAGAAAUACCACGACCUGGCCUUCCAGGUGAAGGAAGCCCACUUCAAAGCACACCCCGACUGGAAGUGGUGUAACAAAGACAGGAAGAAGUCCAGCUCCGACGCGAAGCCCGUGGGUCCGGGGGGAUGCACCAAGGAGAUGCGAGAGCGCAGCAUGUCCGAGACGGGCACCGCUGCCGUGCCGGGAGGCCCUUCGGAGAUGCAGGCGCUGCUGGGACCGGAGGGCAAAGUGGGGGUCAUGGGAGCUGGGCAUGGCCACGGGGAACGGAUCCUGCCCAUGUCGGGGCCCGGCGCUCAGCGGCCACGGGCCUUCUCCCACAGCGGGGUGCACGGGCUGGAGAGUGACCGCGACAGCCAGGUGCUGCAGGAGCUCACUCAGAUGUGCUCAGGGCCGUCUCCGUAUGUCAGCGGGAAGGGGCAGUACGGGGGGCUGGGCCCCUCGGGGUCCCCCUUUGCCACGCCGGGCGAAGGGCCCCGCCCUUCCCUGCUCCCACACCCCUCCCGCGCCUCCCGAUCUCAGCGCACUACCAGUGAGGACAUGACCAGCGACGAAGAGCGCAUGGUGAUUUGCGAAGAGGAGGGCGACGACGACGUAAUCGCCGAAGACGGGUUCAACCCGGCCGACAUUGACCUGAAAUGCAAGGAGCGCGUGACGGACAGUGACAGCGAGGGGUCCUUGGGGGACGAAGCGGACAACAAGGAGUUUGGGCGUAAGGUGUUCUCCCCAGUGAUCCGCUCGGCGGCCCUGCCCCCCUCCUCUGGUGCCUUUGCCCCCUGCCGCCCGCCGCCGUCCCCUCUGGACCUAGAGCCCCCGCCAUCUCAUGGCCCCGAGCAGCAGCAGCCACCCCCUCCCAAGUCCUACGGCUCCUUCCAGAUGACGCCCGGCACCUUCAAGAGCCAAGACCCCCGAGGCGGGCUCUCUCCUCACAACGCUCCGGUGAAGCGCCCGGAGCCCCGCUUCGACCCCGUGGCGGCCCCCUACAGGCGGAAGCGGGCGGACAGCGCCGGCGGUCCCCAGGCGGCCGCGGACUCCGGAACGCCGCUCCCCUCCGCUCCCACGCAUUCGGUCAUCUCUCCGCCCAGCAGCGUGCUUCAGGCUGUGGUGCUGCCCGACGCCGCCCGCCUGACCUCCGGGACGGUGCUGGUGACGGCCCCUUCCAUGAGCGCCCCCAGCAUGGGGGUGAUCGGCUACAGCGGGGCGCCCAACCUGGUCCGCACGGCCUCCACCGUGGUCACCAACGUGGUCAAGCCGGUCAGCAGCACGCCCGUGCCCAUCGCCAGCAAGCCCUUCCCACGCGGGCCAGGGGAGGGGCCGGCCUUGCUCAGCCCUCCCCCCUCCGACGGCAGCUGCAAGCCUGAAGGGGUCCCCAUGAGCCGCAUCGGACUCCUCUACGCCGACAAGAAGCACCCGCAGCCCUCCGCGAUGCCCGGGAUCCAAGCCACGUCUCCUCACUUGGUGGCCGGGCCCCUCAUCGGGCAGGGCUUGGCUGCCGUGGGCAAAGCCUCCCCGAGCCAGGGCAGCGUCGUGACCAACCUCCUGGUGGGCACUCAGGGUUACGGGCAGCCGAGCGGGGCCGGAGGGGCCGGCAUCCCAGUGACGGUCCUGCCGCCCGGUGCCACCAUCGCCCAGCAGCCCUCGGUGCAGUUCAUCACCCAGAACCCUCCUGGGCCCGGGCAGAACGGCCCGGUGCCCCUCAGCAUCCUGCAGCCCCAAGGCAUCCUCUCCGGGACGGCGGGGAAGGCCGGCGGCAUCACCCAGGUGCAGUACAUCCUGCCCACCUUGCCUCAGCACCUGCAGGUGGCCGGAGGGAAGGUGCCGGCCGGGGCGGGCGGCCCCGGAGCCGCCAGCAUCCACUUCACCCUGCCCCCGGCCAACGGGAAGGUCAUCACCGCCCCCCAGGCGAUCCCCAUCAUCCAGCCUGCGCCAGGAAGCAGUAACAACAGUGUCACUGUUGUGUCUUCGGCACCCAAAGUUCAGUCCGUGUCUCCAGUCCAAGCCCCGUCUCCCGGGAGUUCGGCCCACCUCAGGUCCGGGCCGGUGGUCCCCCCUGCAGGCCUACAGGUGCAAGGCAAGGUCCUGGUGCCCAUGGCAACCUCCCAGGUGACCGUGCGGACCACCGCCCCCGCCCAGCUGCCUCUGGUGACCCCGCCGUUCCCCGUGCCCGUGCAGAACGGGAGCCAGCCGGCGAGUAAGAUCAUCCAGCUGACGCCCGUGCCGGUGGUCCAGCCCCAGCCCCCUCCGCAGAGCAACGCCGCGCUGGUGCCCCCGCUCAGCCCCGCUGCCCUCCAGGGCACGGUAGCCGCGGCCGUCGUGGGCUCCCCGAGCCCAGCCCAGAAGGUCCUGUUGCCCUCCUCCACCAGGAUCACCUACGUGCAGUCAGCGGCCGGGCACCCCCUGUCCCUCGGCACCUCGGCCUCCCACACGCAGCCCAGCGUCCCCCCAGCCGCCCCUGCCACCACCUACGUCCAGUCCCCGGUGGGCUCUGCCCCCAUGGCGCUGGGCUUCACGGCGAUCGGGCCGAACGGGCAGGCCAUAGUGCAGCCGCUGCUCUCGGGUCAGAGCCCGCUGUUGGCACCCGGGCAAGUGGGGGUGUCCCCGCUCCAAAGCCCCCAGCUGCCGGCUUCCUGCUCCGGACAGGGGCAGGUCAUCACUGCCAUCUACCCCAGCCCCACGGGGGCCAGACAGGCCCAGCCGCCCACCCCCAGCAUGAUCUACACGGUAGCAGCCACGAGCCCCGCCACGGUCUCUUCUCCCACGGCCAUCCUGCCCAAGGGGGGCAGCGCCCAGAGCGCCGGUGGCCCCAGCCAGGGCCUGGCCUCCUCAGCCACCCAGGUCAUCCCUUCAGCAGCCGCCCGGCCUCAACGCCCACCCCUCAAGCCUCCCCAGAAGGUGAAGGCCGCCAUCGCCAGCAUCCCCGUCGGCUCGUACGAAUCGGCCCCCUCGCCAGGUGCAGGUCGCCCCACUGUGGGCCAGCAGCAGGAGCCCGGAGCGACACGCUACCACCGGGAGGCUGAAGGCGCCGGGGAGCGGGUUUCGCGGGACGCGGGGCCCCAAGAGCCACCACCUUCCCCCGCAUCUCGGGGUGCCGAGCAGAGUCCGGCGGGGCCAGCCAAGCCGCAGGAACUGAAGCGGGACUCCUGGGAGCCGGUGUCUCCCCCGUCUCCCCAGCAGCCUCCGGUAACGGAGAUGCCAGCCGCCGAAGCCUGGAGCCAGCGGGAAACGUCGGCCGGGCCCAGUGAGGAGAGGGCGGCCCGCGACCCGCUGCCUGCCCUGCCACUGAGUGGCAAAGGGACUGAGACGGCCCUGAAAUUCCCCGCGUCCCCUGACUGGAGAGUAGAGGGCCGCCCUGAGGCUUCGGCGCCGCCGCCGCCGGGCUCGUCUUCCCACAGUCCCGGCCUGCUGAGCUCCGGGGAGAGCUCCAGGGGCGGAGCCUCGGCGUCCGAAGGCCCCGAACAAAAGGAGGGGCCCGUGGGGAAGAAAGUGAAAGUCCGGCCCCCGCCGCUGAAGAAGACAUUUGACUCUGUUGACAACAGGGUUCUGUCGGAGGUGGAUUUCGAGGAGCGUUUUGCCGAGCUGCCCGAAUUCAAGCCAGAGGAGGUGUUGCCCUCGCCCACUCUGCAGUCCCUCGCCACCUCGCCCCGUGCCAUCCUGGGCAGCUACCGCAAGAAACGCAAGAACUCCACCGACCUCGACUCCUCCACCGAGGACCCCAUCUCCCCCAAGCGGAAGAUGCGCCGCCGCUCCAGCUGCAGUUCGGAGCCCAACACCCCCAAGAGCGCCAAAUGCGAGGGGGACAUCUUCACCUUCGACAAAACCGGCACCGAUACAGAAGACGUACUCGGAGAGCUGGAGUACGAGAAGGUGCCGUACUCGUCACUCCGGCGUACACUGGACCAGAGGAGAGCUUUGGUCAUGCAGCUCUUUCAGGAUCACGGCUUCUUCCCUUCAGCCCAAGCCACCGCCGCUUUCCAGGCUCGCUACUCCGACAUCUUCCCCACCAAGGUCUGCCUGCAGCUCAAGAUCCGAGAGGUGCGGCAGAAGAUCAUGCAGGCGGCCACCCCGACGGAGCAGGCGCCCAGCACACCGGAGCCCGGCAGUUCCGCCGGCCAAGGCGGCCCCGCCGAAGGGCAGCCUUUGGAACUUGCCCUGGCACAGGACUCGACACCGGGCGGAGUGGAGGCCGCGGCCCCCCUGGCCCCGCCCUCCACCAUAGCUGCCGGCUGGGACUGUAACCAGCAGUCUUCCCCUGGGGGAGGCGGCGGCGGCAACGGCAGCAACACCAGCGGGAGAUGAACGAAUGGCGACCGAGCUGCCGAGCAAGAUAUGAAACAGCCUUGCGGGGGGGGAGGGGUCCCGGAGCUUUGCCCCCCAUCUUUCCUCCCCACACCUGCUCUUCCCCCGCUAACUUUGCCUUCCCCAAAAAGGGACUGAAGAGGGGGAUCUCGGUUACCCUUUGUCCUGCACGGACUCUUCCCGGUCUCCCUCCUCACACUCCUCCCCGGCUAUUUCACCUGGGGGCGGUGUCGGCGGUGGGUUCCUCCAGGUCCCUCCCACGGAUCGGAGGGGCGGUGUGGAAGAAAUAUCAGCCAUUCCAGGACACAGGCGGAGACGCCACGAGGAGAUCUCCGGGGGUGGGGUGGGGGUGCAGCAGGCCGUGGGCAACAGAUAACCCGUAAAGCGGCGGAUUCUAGUCCCCUUCCUCCUUUUAACAAACGUUGAAUAUUUCCAGACUGUACCCCCACCCCCACCCACCCCAAUGCAUACUCGUUGCUUCUGUGUCAGUUAACUGGGGAGGGGGGAGUCUUUCCACCCACUGCUGCAGAGAGGGGCGGGAAGUGCCUUCUUGACGGGCGAAGGGCCCAAUGAGGAGAGGAGGGAGGCGGGGAGUGUGUCGGAAGGUCGACUUUCCCCCGUGUGGUCAAAACCGGGAGUGGAGUAGUGUUAUUGGGGGGGGAGAAGAGCCGCACUGACUUGGCAGCGCACAGCCCGAAUCCAGCCGGGAGCAGAAGACGGUCUUUGGGUGCGGGAGACGACCCGGCCGGAGAGCUGUGCCGGCAGGCGGGGGGCUCCCUCCCCCCAAGCGUGAGCACGCUGGUGGCCGAAGCCACAUGUUGACCAUGUGUGACCCCUUCUGCAUCGGGGUGGCCCCA